AUGGCCGUAAAAGCCCUCAUCUCCACUCUCGAGGAUGAAAUCCUUGAUCCCGAAGAAGAAACAUUCUUCCUCUUCUCCCACGACAUGCCCUCCUCGAACCUGGGCUUCAUCGACCCCAAAGCGACGACCCUCUCCCUCACCCUCGCAGACCGGGACUUCACGAUCCACCAGUCGCCCACGGUCCUGUCAUCGACACGCGCGGGCGGCACGACCGGCGCCGUCCUCUGGAAGAUAACACCCCUCUUCGCCACAUACCUCUCCUCCCCAACAUCCCCCUUCACCCAAAUCUUCACCCCGUCCUCCACCAUUCUAGAACUAGGCUGCGGCAUAUCGCCCUUGACAGCCCUCCUCCUCGCCCCGCGCGUGUCCCGCUACAUCCUGACGGACCAGCCCUACGUCUCGCGCAUGAUCCACCAGAACCUCGAAGCAAACCCCCUGCCGUCAUCAUCAUCCUCGUCAAAACAAUCCUCCUCCUCACGCCGGCGAAAAGGCGGAGGAGGAACCACCGGCAGUAGUAGCAAUGCAGCAGGCAGUGGCAGUGGCAGUGGCGGCACGAUCGAGUUCCGCUCCCUGGACUGGGAACUCGACACCCCGACCCCGGACCUCACGGGCUCCCCCUCGGCCCGCAGCUUCGACGCCGUCGUCUGCUGCGACUGCAUCUACAACGAGGCCCUGGUCGACCCCCUCGUCUCCACGACGGCCGACCUCGCUCGUCUCCGCCUCCGCGCCGCCCAGGAGGACCUAGAGGAGGCGGGUGCGGAGCCGGAGCGGUCCGAGCCGUGCCUCUGCAUCGUCGCCCAGCAGCUGCGCAGCCCCGACGUCUUUGAGGAGUGGGCCAAGGCGUUCCACGAGCGGUUCCGCGUCUGGCGCGUCCCCGACGACUUGCUGCCGGAGGGGCUCAGGAUCGAGUCCGGGUUUGUGGUGCACGUGGGGAUCUUGAGGGAGGCUGGGUACGAGAUCUAG